GGACAGAAACCCACGUCGUCGCCCGCGGUAGAUAGAUAGAGAUAGAUAGAGAGGCAGGGGAGACCCCAGCGACGCUGCCGGGGCGUGAAGAGGGAGGAAAACGGCGUUUUUCUGAUAAAGAGGAAUAGUGCUGGACAAGUGCUUCACCUGUUAGCCGCUUCUGGAGCCUGUUCGACACUAAUGAUGAUGAUGAUCAUGAUGGUGAUGAUGACGGCGCUGGCAGUUUGACAGCUUUCUGAAGCUGACGAAUGUAGAAUAUUUCAAGGCCCUGGAAGCCUCGGAGCCGUCAAGAUGUCCAGAAUCCCUGGAAGGUUGUAGUCCUGCAUUCCUCCAACAGGAGCCCUUGCUGGGGAGGGAGGAAGGGUUAAACAGAAGCCUGAAACCAAGAUAAACUCUGGUAAUAUCAGUAGACUCCAGCCGCGGAACCAUGUAGAACCUCCUUCUCUUCCUAAGGGGUGUGGGUUAGCUUUUAUAGCUCGUUUUAAUCGUCCGUUUUUACCUUUUUAAUCACUUCCUUCACUAGUUUGUGUCAAGUCUUGGACCAGACUGCGAGACAGAAAUGGUCCUGCACACCUCCCCCUACCCGAGUGCCUUCCUCAGCUUCCUCAGCAGCCUGUCCUGGGCCUUAGUGUUCCCCUGCUAUUGGAUGCUGGACAGGCUCUUGGCCUCCUGUGUCGCCACAACGUUGGAAAAGCGAAGACGGUCACAGGACCCUUGCUCUUUCCUGGCUCUGGGGGUGCUGAUCUCUACACCUCUGUACCUGGUACUGCUGCUGGCCUCUUUACCUUUCGCCCUGCUUGGCUUUCUGCUUUGGGCACCCUUGCAGGCCUCCCGGCACCCGUACAUCUAUUCGUACCGUAAACCGGACGUUCAUCGGGCUGAGCAGGGACCGUCCACUACAGGGUCCAGCGAAUGGCGCCCUCAAGGCCGCAGCUUUUGCUUCGGAAGUGCCAAUGUGUGCCUGCUGCCUGACUCUCUGGCCCGAUUCAACAACCUGGCAGACACACAGUGCAGGGCACGGGAAGUGGGCAAGCGAAUCCGCAACGGAGCCAGUCGGCCACAGAUAAAGAUCUACAUUGAUUCGCCUACCAACACCUCGAUCAGUGCCGCAUCCUUUUGCAGCCUGGCCACACAGGGCUUCCGACGGACAUCCUCACUUGAUCAUCGCCCAGAGCCAACUGCUGGUAGUGACCAAGACAGUGAGCCUGUAUCCGAGUGUCCUGUGCAUCCUUCUGGAGGAUCAAGCUCAGACUGCCCCAUCCAUAAUGGCCAGAAUACAUCAGACUGUCCCGUUCAUUCUUCAGGAGGGACAAACUCAACCUGCCCAGUCCAUAACAGCCAGAACACUGCCGAGUGUCCACUGCACUCCUGCCUUGAGGAAUCAUCUUCGGACUGCCCGGUUCACCAGUCCGGAGACCAGCAAGCAUCUGGAGACUGUCCGGUCCAUUCCACGACAGCAGUUCCGAGCUCAGACGACUGCCCCAUGCAUCCUUCCUCUGUCCAGAUCAGCAUCACUUCCCCUGAACCGGAAACAACCGAGACUAGAAACCAUUGCCCCAGCGACGGAGACACCGGAAGCCUUCACAGUCGCACUGCCUCUCGAGAGUCCUUGACCCGUUUCCACGGCACAACAGAUGGUGGCGGAAUCUCUUCCAACAACACCCUCUCUCAGCACCGCGCAUCUGUCUUCAAGAGGCCAACUGGUCGCAAGCGCCGACACGGUGACGAUGGCUUCGACCAUGAAAUCUCCGCCUUCUUCCCUGCCAACCUGGACUUCCUGUGCUUGCAGGAAGUGUUUGAUCGGAGGGCAUCAGAGAAGCUCUGUCGGCAGCUGCACCGCUACUUCCCUUACGUGCUGAGCGACGUGGGGCGAUACGGCUGGAAGGGCUGCUGCUCGCGGUUUAAGUUCCUCAACAGCGGCCUGCUCCUGGCCAGUCGCUACCCCAUCCUAGAUGCACACUAUGAAUGCUACCCUAACGGCCGCAGUGAGGAUGCCCUCGCAGCCAAGGGAGCGCUAUACGCCAAGGUACAGGUGGGCACCUCCCAUCAGGAGCAGAGGGUUGUUGGAUACAUCACCUGCACUCACCUGCACGCUAUAGAGGGUGAUUCGUCAGUGCGCUGUGAGCAGUUGGACAUGCUGUUGGAGUGGGGCGCUGAGUUCAGGAGGGCUACAUCGGUUCCUGCAGGUGAAGAGAAAGCUCUGGAGGAUCAGGUGGCCUUUGACGUCAUCCUCGGAGACUUUAACUUUGAUAACUGCUCUUCUGAGGAUAAGUUGGAGCAGCAGCACGCUAUUUUUACGCAGUACAGAGAUCCGUGUCGUCUGGGGCCUGGAGAGGACAAGCCAUGGGCUCUGGGUACCUAUUUGGACACAAGUGGUCUAUAUGAUGAAGAAGUGAGCUCUCCAGAGAGUCUUCAGAAGGUAAUGGAAAACGAGGAAGGCAGAAAAGAGUACUUGGUGUUUCCAGCGAGCAAGAACCAGUGUCCCAACCAGAAAGGGCGCAAGAUUCCUCUGAAAGGGAACGGCCGCAGGAUCGACUACAUCCUUUACAAGGAGGAAGGCCUGCAGCCGGACUGGAAAGUGGACAUCGAGGAGUUCAGCUUCAUCACCCAGCUGGCCGGCCUGACUGACCAUCUCUCUGUGGCGGCAAGACUGGCUGUUUCUACAGGAGAAGAGGAGUCCUAGGACCUGGCUGUUCUUUUACACACCGCCACGGACAGAAGGAGAGAGGGAGAGAUGAAAAAGUAGAAGGGAAGAAUGGCGUAGGGACUUCCAGCUUAAUACGAUAGAUGAAGAGGGAAGUUUAGAGAGCUGUUAAAGUCAUCGUCACCUGAUGAUGAAGUGAGUGUAGGUUCUGAAGUGCAGAGAGAAAGAGAAAUGGAGAAAGAAAGAGAGAGAGAGGGAAUGGAAAAGGAGGAGAGGAGCGACUGUGUGACAUUUUUUUGGAGCAUGAUUCUUAAGAACACUGUCAAUCUCAAUCUCAGCACGAGGGCACACCAACACACACCCACACACACAAGCCCACAUUCAAACACGCACACACACACCCACACACACACACACUUCACAUGCUGAUCUGUUUCCGUGUUCGGAGGCCAGAGACAAUUCCAUGACCUCACAGUCUCACUUCCUUCUUUGCGGGACUCUCCACAUCCCUAGAAUGAGAGAGUUUACGUCUUUCUGUAACCUGUAACCUGUAAACGCUCCAGUUCAGCUCACCUCUGCUGUUCUAACUCUUCUCCGGAGCGAAUUUUCUGGUGCCAUGACCCGGGGAGGGGGGAUGAAGUCUUUCAGGGAAAAAGAAAAAGAAGAAGAAGAAGAAAAAAAAAGAAGAAGAAUGCAUGAGAAGAAGAAAAAAAAAUCCUGGAUUCACAGUAUUGCACGACCUGCCACUUUAAUAAUAUUAAUAAUAAUAAUACAGAUUAUAAUAACAAUAAUUAUAGUAAUAAAACAAUAAUAAACACACACACACACACAGAUAAUCCUGCUGACGUGAGUCUACUUGUAGAAGAAAGGACUUUUCCCACUCCUUAUUCCACACAGGCCUCCUCUAGAACCUCAGCAAGAAGUGUUUUUCUUUUCUAACCUCUUUCUAGACCUUUCUAUGGGCGAGCUUGUGGGCUUUGUAGGGAGUUUGUAUAUUGAACACUCACUGGCAACCUGGGUCAGUCCGUUAGUGGCCGGCCAACUAAAUCAAGCUAAUGAACUGCAACCACAUCACAUGAUGGAGAGAUCUUCUGUUUCUAGCAUGGUCAGGUUCAUUGUAGUAAAUUACAAUCAUUUGAUCAUUUGAUUGUGUGGCUGUGUGUGUGUGUGUGUGUGUUUGUGCACGUGCCGUGCACCAUAGGAAAGCAGUUGUGCAGUAAGUAGUAAGUACAGCUUUCUGGAGACCCAUAGAACGCUCAUGGCCGUGGAUCCACCGGCCUUCAGAGAAGCAGAAAGUGACUCAAUCCCAGUCAGUCACAGUCAGUUCUCUCUCUCUCACACACACACACACACACACACAAACACACACAGACAUAGACAAACAAACAUAGACACACACACACACACACACACAUACACCCAAGCCUGCAGUAUUGCCCUGGCUAAAUCCCAGGGGGAAGGUUUUGGGGCGUUGUCAGGAUGCUGCAAAGCUGCAAAGGACCUCAAGGCUCUGUGUGUUGCGUUUACCGUGGUGGCACCCGUGCAAAUGUUUACACACCUGUUAACCUACUACAGGCGACACUACGGAGGACGAGUGAUCCGGACCGGACUUUAUUUCAGACUUGACUCGAUUUGAUUUCAGUGCUGUCUUCUCAUCUGUUCACCUAGUUGCUUUUAUACUCUCUAUAGAUCUCUUUCUAAAUGAUAAUUAUUGAUAUUGUUACUAUUACCAUCAUUAAUGGUAAUUAAUUAGGAUUCUUGUUAUUUUCUGUUGAAACGUUGCAGUGUUUCCCACAUUAGCCGAGCUGCUGACAGUCCAACUGGAAGCACGUCCAACUCACCUCCACCUUAAGGGGGAUUUUUUUUUAUUUGGUAUGGUUUCACAUGGUUGAUAUGUACACAGAGUCCAUGAGAGUUGAGGGCGGGGCUUGCAGUUUUCAAUUAGGAAACAUCAAUUAACAGUACUUACGACAAAAUGUCUGUACUAAGACAUUAAUUAUUGUUAAAAAAUGGGAAAAAAUUGGGAUGUCUAAUGGCUUGUUCGACUAUUAAUCAACAUGACUUAGAAAAACAUUCUUAAACAUUAAAAUUUUGAAAUUUUUUAUAAAGUCAAUUAUGAAGGCUUAGUGGUUAGCAGGUUCGCCUCCCAGAGUUGGUAGUGGGUUCAAGUCUCUAUCUGGGUUGAGUUUCCAUGUUCUCCUGUGAAAGGCAGUAUGUAAGUGUACUGAACCAUUUACUGAACCAACAACGUUUAUUACUGUUGAUUGAUGUACCCUUAUUGCAAAGUGUUGCAGAGUUUGGCUUUAGUAUCAAACUAUAAUUUCAUUACAGUGGUGGUGAUUGGAACCAGCAUCAGAUAUAGCUAUUUUAUAUACAGUACUAUACAGGUCUAUUUUCUUACAUAAGGUGCACCAAAUGUAUGUAAUGGGUACAUUAAAAGGAUGUCUGCCUUCUUAUGUCAUUCCUUAUAACAAGAGGUUUGACGACCCACAGAUCUGCAAAUCUGGCAGUCCACUCACUCGCAUUUUGAUUAAUGUUUUCUUAUAUUUCCUAUCCUUUUUAUUAAAUGAAAUUCCUUCAGUGAAACAUUUUCAGUGUCUGCAGCAUUUUCAACUAAGAUCUAUUUAUUUUACCAGAACUAGUCUCUAUUGAUUAUCUCUUAGUUGUUUUUAGUAUUUGUCAUAGUUUACUUUCUAAAACCUAAAAAAUAAAGUCUCUGUGCAUUUAAUUUAAUUUAAAAUAAUUUGCUUGCUUUUGCUAGAUUAGAUAUUGUGCCGACUUUAUUUAAGGCAGUGGACUGAUAAAUGCUCACUAUCUAGGGGUUCCAUUUACCACCACUGUGAACAGUUCUAAGCACUCCGAAUGACUUUGUUUACAUAUUAACAGCUGACUGAAGCAGAAAUGUAAAAAUGUCUGUGGAAUUCCCCUUAAUGUCCUAAUCAGGAAUUGCCAAAACAGUGCCACAGCUUCUUCAGGGUCAGCUCUGGUCAUGAGUUUCACACCUGCAUGAUAAAUAUACUCAUAACGGACGACAGUGAGUCAUUAUAGUGCUGAUGUUUGAAGGUUCUGACAAAUUUCUUUACUGGUGUGGCCAUUGAAGCAGUUCCUAAUUGGGGCUUUUAAAUACUUACUUUUGAAGGUACUUUGGAAAUGUUCUGGACUUCACUGGGCGUCCAAAAUAUUAUUUUGAAAUAUUCUACUUCUUUUCAAUCUUGUAUUAUAUCAUACUUUUGA